AUGGCAAAUUUGAAAAUCCCUGGCAACCAGUCAGAAGAAGAACACACUCUAGAUAAUCAAGAAUUAGGCUCACCAUCAUUUUUCUUUGAAUCUCCUAUUCAAUUCGCUUCCAAAUCAAACCUUAGCUACAGUCCCUCAAACGAUUUUCUUUCAUCUGUCACAUCUCCAAAAACACAGGAUCUUCCUUUGACUACUGAACUGAUGGCGAAGCAACUCCAUGAAGCAAUUAACCAACACAAAGUUGCUUUCAGUAGAAAAUGUGAUAAAAUCAAGCAAGAAAUUCAAUCGCUUUUAUCUGAAGAUGGAAAAGAAAAUAUUUUUCGAGCUCCUGAAAAGGACUAA